AUGCCGGGCACGUCCUUCUCCUCCCGGUCCUCCUCCUCCGCCAUCACCGCCAACUCCUCCCCCUCGAUUCGCUCUCUGUUGAUGCUAGUCGCCCUUGUCAAUCUCGCCUGGAGUCUCUAUCAACUCCCGCUCAACCGUGUCAUUGAACGCAGACUCUGUCGGGACUUUUACCUCGACGUCGACCCUUCAAUAAUAGGCCAAGAUGGAAACGUGCCCGAGGAGCUGUGCAAGCUGGACGGCAUACAGCAGGAUCUGGGUAGCAUGAUGGGCCUCAUGGAGACGGGCUGGGUUGCUGGCGACUUUGUCAUGACCAUCCCCCUCGUCCUGCUUGCCGACCGCUACGGCCACGCCUUUGUCCUGCGACUCAACCUCGUGCCUCGCAUCCUCGUGCUCUGCUGGACCCUCGCCGUCGGCUACUUCGACCACGCCCUUCCGCUGCCCGCCCUUGCCCUGGGCCCGCUCUUGUCAGUCCUCGGCGGAGAUUGUGUGUUCAACUCGAUUGUCUACUCGCUGGUCUCGACGGCUACCCAUGACCGUGUGCAAAGAGCCACCUUCUUCGGCCAGGUGAAUGCUGUCUCGAGCAUAUUCGUCGCCCAGCUUGGUCCUGCUCUGGCCUCCGCCACCAUGGGCAUAUCGCUAUGGCUUCCUCUGUGUACCGGCGUCGUUCUUCUCGCUGCUGUGCCCGUCAUCUCCGGCCUUCCCGCAUCAAACACCGGCAGUCCUAGAAUUAGAUACCAGCAUGACCAAGAGUCAACUGCGCCCUUGUUACCGCAAGACACAAACAUCAAAGAGUCCGUCUCCGGUCACAUCUCCUCCGUGUUCAAGGUCAUAACCAGCUACCCGCCCAACUUCACCCUCCUGCUUGCUAGCUUCUUUCUCACCUCUCUGGCCAGUUCCGACACCAAGCUCAUGGCCCAGUACAUCUCCAAGCGAUGUGGGUGGAAGUUCACCUCGGUCGGUUACUUGCUAUCGGGAAAAGCAGUCUUUAACUUUUUCCUUCUCUAUCUUAUCAUCCCUGCCAUCUUGCGUCGGCGCCGGUCAUCUUCUCCUCAGUCCCGACGCCUCUCGGACCCGGAUGUCUCCACCAUUCAAGACCACAAGGUGGCCGAUGGACACAACAUCAGCUAUGCUCAAACCUGUCUUGUCUUUUCGGUUCUGGGUGCUGUCGCCAUAGCGAUGGCUGCGACGGUUUGGCUCUUGGUACCGUCACUGCUGCUUUACGCCAUGGGCAUCGCACUCCCCAUGUUUACUUACUCGCUGCUCAAAUCACCUUCGUUAAUGCCAGAUUCAAGUGGGCCAGAAACAAGUCUGGUUUCGGAAGCUCAGAUCUUCUCCAUCGUCAUGCUGGUAAAGACGAUGGGCUUGCUAGUCGGAGCACCGACCAUGGCAGCUCUGUGGGUUCAAGGCGUCAAGGUCGGCGGGUGGGCGUUGGGUUUACCGUACUUUUUGAGCGCAGCCUAUUAUGCGCUUGCCAUGCUCGUGGUAACGAGGAUAAAGCCUUGA